UAAUCCGGGAAAAGUGAGUAAACCAAGACCGAUUAAAAGUGGGAAGACAUGGUUUGAGUUCAAGGCUCAUCUCACAAAACAUGUUCAGACUGCGUGUGCUAUCAAUGGUGCUGCUUGUGAUAACUGGCUGAAACUAGAAUACUCUGUAGCUAAACUCACUGAGAGGAGGAGCAAAGAUUGACAUCAGAGAAGAAUGAUUUUUUUCAGGAGUAUGGUAUUUACCGCAACUUGGAAGAUGAUGAGGAGGCCAUGGCUCGCCUGAACCUUACCAACUUUACUUACACAAAUACUGUACCAUGGUGGAAUUCAUCAAAACCAUGGAUGAACAUUAAUGUCACUGGCCUGAACCCUUAUUCUCGCUACAACGUCAGCAUUCGACUCAUUGCUCAGUAUGAAGGUUUACAUAAUGGACUUGGUGGGGACAGCUUUAACACCUCUGAAGAUGUGCCCCUGGAAGGAGCGUCAUUCAGUAUCAGCCCCUACACCUGCUUUAUGGGACAGAAUAGUUGUGUAUCAUGCGUCAUUUACUUUAAGGAAAUUCCUCGAGCCCUGAGACAGGCAAAUGUUACAAACUAUACACUUGAGGGCAACCUUGAGAGGUCACAAAGGAGUAUGUCAAACUGUAAAGCAGGACCAAGUUUCAAAGUAUAUGCAUCAGGGGAGGCAAAUUCUAUCAUGGUAGAAAGUCUUAUGCCUGAUUCAUUCUAUACCUUAACCUUAACAGCUCACACCAUUGUAGGAUCAUCUCAAGAUUCUGCCUGCCUGCUAGACACCAGUGACUUGGGUGAUUCAGUUGACGUGGAGCUAGAGAUGAAGAGUAAUUUAGAUGUGUACAAACUUUACUGGAACAAUGCCAGAUGGGAGAAUAAGAAUGUCACCUAUUAUGUUCACUAUUGCUACUCAGACAAGUCUUUUGGUAGUUUUAAUUGCAAGACUAACCGAGUGAUAGAACAAAGCGAUGGCAGCAAGACCCAAAAGAUCCCAAAAUAUUUUGGCAGCACAGCAGAGAGGAAGUCCCUGAGGCCUUUGUUCUUCCUGUCUGUUGUGGAAAAUGGGAAAAUGAGUGGACUUUAUCCAGAGAAGUGGCGAUAUGACAUGGACAAAGCUCCUGGUCCAGUUGACCUGAAGUAUGUGAUGAAGUCAGACUCACAGCCAACGGAUCUGCAAGUUAUGUUUGAGCGAACUGAUGAGGACAAAGACAACCCUCAACAUGGUCGUCCUACUGUAUUUGUCAUCAGGUGGACAAAAAUUACUGAGAAGCAAAAGCAGGCGUGUGAUUCUUGUACAGUGCCUUGGAUUGAUGGAUUCGAUACUUUAGAGGUGGAAAGUUAUGCAAGAGGACCUUUUCUUCUUAAAGGCCUCGAGCCAUCCACACUAUACUGCGUAUGGGUCAGAGCAGAAAGAGUAGGUCAGAAUUCUCCAUGGGUCUGCGCUUCUGCUACAACAGGUCAAACAGGAGGUUCCUCGUCAAGUAAUCCAACAUUGAUCAUUGUGCUUGUACUCAUCAUGUUUGCGGUAUUGACUGCUGCAGGUGUUUUCAUCUGUCAAUGGCGCAGGCGAUGCCACGGAAUGAGGGAUAAGAUGAAAGUAAUCUGGCCCCAACCUCCAGCUCUGGUUCGCAGCACAGUGGAAGACUCAGUGUCCCUCAUUUCACCUUCUCAGCAGGGAUUUGUCAAUCCUUUUAUGAUUAAUACCGGACCUCGGCAGUUACUGUCUAGAGACUCUGGCAUUUAUGAUGGAAUUGGGGAUGCUAUGUGCUCAGAAUUUCGGCCAGGAGAUGAAACAGAAGUCCAAGAAAUCCUUUUGCCAGAGACUGGAAUCAACAGUGUCUUUCAUCAUACCAGAUUUGAGCCGACCAUGGACAUUGUCAGAGAAUCGCCAGCACAGGCAUCUGAGAGACCAGAUGACGAAGAAUCAGGACAAGGAAUUCCUCGUUAUGGGCUGGUAACUGCUGCAUGUUCAGACUCUGCUUCCAGUUUUCAUGGAGAAAGAGAGGAAGAGGAGGAAAACAAAUGGGAAAAUUCCAUCAAGAAGGAUGUUACAGAGGAUGAACAAAUCACUGUCAAGUUUGACAUGAAGAAGACUCCACUUGAAAAGUAUGACCUUGAUGAGAGUGCACCUAAAGAGUAUGACCCUGAGAAGAGUUCCGGUAUGUUAACCUCAUCAACUGAUGCUCUGAAUCUUUCCAAACUUCCUAACUUCUUGUUUGGUAAAUCAGAUAGCGUAGUGUCAUGUGAUCCGCAUGAAGACAGUGAAGAUGGCGAGGAAGCCAAGGUAGUAAGUCAGCAGAACUCUUGUGCCAGAUCAGGACACUGCAAUCUCUGGAAGUGCUGAUGUUGCAUCAUGGUCUAGCGUGGACAAAGCAUUGACAAUGAGCCAACAGACCUUAGCAUGCUCAAAUGGUAAAGAGAGUGGAUUUGAUUCUGAAGAUACCAGGUCUGACUCAGACUCAAACAGAUACUCCUUAGUUUUGAAAGGCUCCUGCAGUCUUGAAGCUUUGCAGGAUACAAAUAAUUUUCAGAAUCAAAGAAUUCCUUGCAACACAGCUGUCUUAAAUUUGGAGAACAAUGGUAAAUUUCCUUCGAGCCUAAAGAACGACUACCAUUUGAUAGAAAGACAAACUCUGUUCCACCACAUAUUGUUUCGCUUCUCGAAGGUGUGGACAGUGUUGAGAAAAAUUGCAUGGUCACUGCUCAUGUAGAAAAGCCUCUGCAUGGCCAAGAGGUGGGCCAGCCCAAUGUAACAUCCUGUUUUACUCAUGUGCCUGACAAAAAGAGUUCUUUGUCUGUCUGUCCAAAGGGACAAGUAUUACAUUCUGCAGCUGCAAGUCCUGUCCCUGUGGUAUACUGGAACUGUUGAAACCAAACAAAGCCAUUAUUGACAGCACCAAGAAUGUUUUAAAAUGUGAAGCUGCUGAAAAACAAACUAUGGUCAAGGACCACAUGAGUGGAUUCUUUCAGAAGAUCAUGUUUUGGUGGAAGAAGGGCAUAAGGAUGCUCACACACGUGUUAAAAAUAGAUCUGGUCCUGUCAGUACUGAAACAAAAAAGGAACAGAUAUUAAAAGCAAGUGCUGUAGAAUCAGUUUUCAAGAAUGUGGAACAUUCCAGACCAGAGAGCAACAGCAAUCUGCUUUCAUGUAACCCUCUUAAAGAGAGUGUGAAAAUGGACAUUAUUUCUCAUCCCUCCUUCACUAACAUUAUUGAACUUGAGAAUGAAGUUAAGAGGAAUGUGGUGCCUAGAGCUGACAGUGCUUUAGCAGACAAGUGUAAAUCAGUUCCCAUACAUCGGAAACAAAGAUCAUACUGCAAAGUGACCUCAAGGGAAUCAUUGUAGUGUUCUUAAUGUACUUAUGUAGAGUUUUUUCCCGUUUUUAAAACUGAAUAUUUCUUUUUAGAAACAGAGAAAAGCAGAGCAGAAAGAACAUGUUCAUGGCUAAAAAAGGAAUGCUAGGCUAUUACAGCUUUCAUUGUGAGUGUUUAACUGGUAGAGAAUAUAGCCUUAACAGUUGCAAAAUCAUUCAGGUAUGCAUGGAAUCACCUGUCUUCAAAAAAAAAAAAAAAAAACAUUAAAAACAAUCAUUAGCACAAAUCCAAGUUUAAAAUGUUCAGAAAUACUGUUUUGCUUUGCUCAAACUUCUGUCUAAAAAUUUAUUUAAAAUUCUGUGUAACAUCCAUAUAGUACUGAUGAAGAGCUGAAGGGUGCAUAUCAAAUAUCAACGUGUUAACGUGAAUAAUUAUUAUUGUUUACAAAAGCAAUCUAAAAAGUAGAUGAAAUAGCAUCAUGCAGAAAUUGUAUUUUUACUAAUCUGUCAUACACAAACACCAUUGCAGUGUGUGUGUGUGAAGGGUGGGAGAGAAAGAAUUCAUACCAAUAUUUACCGGAAAAAUAUUGUCAAUAUGUUGUCAGAAUCACAGAUAAAUACCCUCUUUGUGCACUCCCAUUUGCUUUUGCUAUGCAUUUAUACCAUAUUCUUCCAAAGCUUGUGUCUUCAACCAAUGUCAUAAUGCUACUUACCUUCACCCCUCUAGCUUUUAAUUUAAUUCACAAAAAUCUUUUGUUUAUCCACUUCAUGACCCAUAUUCUUUUAUCAUGAUAUAAUCAGAAAUGUGUUUUCAAUAUGCACUUAAUUGUUGAAUGCAUUCCCAUGUUUCCAGGUAUUUUCUAGUUUAUCCCACCAUUGUAUUACUUACCUGUGUAAUGCUAUAUAAUACCAUUGCAUUACUUGUAUUACUUGUGUCCUUCCUUAUCUUCACGGUGGACGUUGUCUUUUCUUGUUCUCAUUAUCUGUGUACAAAAUAAAUGGAAAUUAUUUUGUGAACUGUUGAUACCCUCACUGUUUUAUCAAAAUAAAUCACAUUUGUGUCUAUACACUGGUUUUCGAAAACUUAAAAAUACUUCCUGAUCUUUUAACGAUUUCUUCAAAAGAAGAUGAUGAAUAGUGUUUGUAUAUAUCAUAUAAGCAGAGUUGAUAUGCUAUAAAUGUUAAAGCAACUGUGAAAGUUAACUGAGGAAAAUAUAACAAUUUCAGAACACAUUGUUCACGGCAUGGCAGGAGUUGAACAACAAAUAGGGUUACAAAAAUAUUAUGGUGGUAAAAAUAAACUUUAUCGAUUGAAAAAAACAGAGUUAAAAGCAUCAGUCUUGUUAACACCAAACUGCUUUCAUUGUUACAUCAUCAAAUUGGGAUAUUGUGUCCUAGUGUUGAACUGCAGUAUUGGUGUAUAGGGGUCAUGCUGUCAAACUUAGAUGUUAAUGCUCAUGAAGAAAUGGGUAGAGUUUUUUUAACCAGCUGGAUCCAGACUAUCUGCACAUUGAUUUCGACUGUUACUGAUUUAACAUGCACUGACCAACGGCUGCAUGAUAGUAUAGGCAUGAUGGAUGUGGUCCAGUGUGUUCAUCAACCUUUGUUUCCCUAAUGUUGACCCCUCAGAUUUGUUUGUUCAUGUCUAAGGUAUGCUAACUGCUGUUGAUCAAGUCGUAUGUUUACUGAUUUACUUCAGUUAGUGAUCUCAAGCCAGGAGACAUACAAUCGGCCCCAAUUGAGGUCUAGUCCAAGAAUCUCACUACUGCUGCCUAAAGUGCAUAUCAAUGAAAAAUAAACAACUAAAGGCGAUGGUUUAGAAUUAACUUUGAGUUUUUAGCAAAAAAAACCCUCCCACCAUUUCCCUCCCCUUCCAAAAAAAGUAUUUUCUCGUGAUUACUGCUAAUCCUAAAUAUGCUGUGUGAGCAAACAUUUUGCUGAAAGGAUGUGGUGUUAUGACUUGAAGAACCAUCUUCAUUGAAAUGGCAUGUAGCAAUUGCUUUUUCAAAAAUUUUUCUACUUCACUUGCUCAUUUCUUGACAAGUUGUUAGUUUUAAUAAAUACAUGGAAAUAUUGCAA